CAAUAAUAAUUCAUAUCGUGCCGAAAACCCCAGACCGUUGUCCCACAAAAACAACUCCUAAAUCAACCAAUGGGCACUCAUUGGUAUUAUUGGUACUGCAGGUUGGUGGUUGAGGGCGUUGUGCAUCAACAGGGCCGAGGAGCAACAGCUCGAUCUGGAGGACAUCAAUUCUGUGCACCAUGAGCACUACUGCUGCUCUCCCUGCAGCCGUCCUCGCUGGUGAAGAAAUGGCGGCUCCUGCACCAGCUGCAUCUGCAUCAUCGGACGAAGCAACAGCAGCUCACUCGAGGAGGAAGCAGCAGAGGAACCCGGCGAGCCUGUACACCAAUAAUGUACCUGCAGCUGAGACUGAGAUAAUCGAGUCGCUCCCCCUGGAGACGCGGCUCAUGGUGCGCCGCCGGCAGUACGGAGGCUUCUGGCAAGCUGAGUUCAUACUCAAGGGCUUGGCUGCCGCUGGCGCAUCGUCAUGGUUCCAGCCGGAGACAUCAGACAUCUUCCUUGCCAGCCUACCCAAGUCCGGCACCACCUGGCUCAAGGCCCUUGCCUUCGCGACGCUCAACCGUGCCACCCACUCGCCGUCCGACGGCCAACACCCGCUCAACCACCGGAACCCGCACGACUGUGUCGGCUUCCUGGAGUUCAUGAUCAUCCAGCAGCAGCAGCAGCAGCAGCAGCAGCAGGAGGACGACGACGACGACGACGACGCCGACGGCAGAGCUGUAAGGGGUUUGUAUGAGGCGCUCCCUUCUUCUCCACGGCUGUUUGCAACGCACCUUCCCUACUCCCAGCUUCCCCAUGCCAUCACGGCGGAGGGUUCCCGGUGCCGGAUCGUGUACGUGUGCCGGGAUCCCAAGGACGUGCUCGUUUCCUACUGGUACUUCUACAAGAAGGUGGCAGCGACGGUACCCGCCACCGCCACCGCCGGCGACGGCGAUGGCCAGGCCGACCUGCAGGACGACGACACUGCAGGCGUGACCGAAUUCGAGGAGGCUUUUGAGCUCUUCUGUGAGGGGCGGUUCCCCGGAGGGCCACACUGGCUCCACGCCCUAGAAUACUGGCACGCGAGCCAGAAGAGGCCCAACCAUGUGCUGUUCCUCAGGUACGAAGACAUGCUGGGAGAUCCGGUGGGCAGCCUCAAGAAGCUGGCAGCGUUCAUGGGGUGCGGCUUCUCUGAGGAGGACGAGGAGGAUGGGGUGGUGGAUCAGAUCGUGGAGCUGUGCAGCUUGGAGAAUCUCAAGAGCAAGGACGUCAACAAGAACGGGAGUACUACGCGGCUGGGCAUCAAGAGUGAGACAUUCUUCAGGAAGGGGCAGGUCGGCGACUGGAAAAACUACAUGACUGUGGACAUGGCGGCGAGGCUGGAUAAGAUUGUUGAGGAGGCCACUCGAGGUUCUGGGCUCACCUUUGGGGGGGAGUCCUCACUACUCCUCCAUAAAGGUUAACCAAGAAGCGUUAGUUGUAACCAUCGAUCGUCUUAAUUAGAUCUAUGGCACUGUGUUUGAUCUAGAGAUUACUCUUCCAUCAUCGCAAAAUAAAGAUUGUACAACUUGUGUUUGCACGGGAUCAUGGAUCUAGCUAGUUCUGUAAAAGAUCCAUAUGUUUGGUGAUUUGCUCCAUCUACACGUCAGAUAUGGUCAGGAGGCACAUGGGCUACUCUAGCAUGGUAUGAUAAGCGUGAACGUCGUGUGGUGUGUGCGGUUAUUACAAGAAAAGAUGGAUCGCUUUACUUGUUCUAUAAGGAAAUUAUAUGUUCUUAUUAA